AUGAAUCUGCGUGAGUUUCAGUUUGCUCAGACACUUAUUUUUGCGGUAGAGGAAAUCAACAACAACACUAACCUCCUACCUGGCGUGAGACUUGGCUACAAGAUUUAUGAUUCCUGUGGCUCCAUUAUCUUGGCCAUCCGUUCAGCCAUGGCCCUGAUGAACGGCUUUGGGGAGACUCUGAGCGACACGUCGUGCCAGCGGCCACCAGCUGUUCAAGCCAUCGUAGGGGAGUCUGGAUCCACUCCCACUAUUGGCAUGGCCUCUGCAGUGGGACCUUUCAGCAUCCCUGUGGUCAGUCAUUUCGCUACAUGCGCCUGUCUCAGCAACAGAGACAGAUUUCCGAGCUUUUUCAGAACCAUCCCCAGUGACUACUACCAGAGCAGAGCCCUGGCACAGCUGGUCAAACUGUUUGGCUGGACCUGGGUGGGGGCCGUAAGAAGUAGGAAUGAUUACGGGAAUAACGGAAUAGCUACAUUUGUGGAAGCUGCCCAUGAGCUUGGUGUUUGCAUUGAGUAUUCUGAGGCCUACUUCCGAACAGAUCCCAAAGAAGAGCUCCAAAGAAUAGUUGACGUUAUCAAGGGGGCCACGUCCAGGGUAAUAGUGGCGUUCCUAGCGCAGGGAGACAUUAUCCCUCUUUUGAACGAGGUCAGAGAGUUUUGGGAGACAGCCUUUGAGUGCUCCUUUGAAAACAGUCAAAUGACCGCUUCACAGUGCACAGGAUUGGAGAGCUUGCUGGCUCUACAGAAUCAGUACACUGAUGUGUCUGAGCUGCGCAUCUCUAACAAAGUCUACACCGCUGUGUAUGCGGUUGCACACUCUCUUCAUAAUCUAAUGAUGGAUGCCAUACACAAUGAAACCCAACAGAAUGUGUUAGCUCCUCCAAAGGUGCUUGAAUAUUUGAAGAAGGUGAAUUUCACCUCCACGACUGGGGAGCAGAUAUUUUUUGACUCCAGGGGAGACCCUGCUGCUCGGUAUGAGCUGGUCAACUGGCAGCCCGAUGACGAGGGAACUCUGCAGUUUAAAUCUGUUGGAGUCUAUGACACAUCUGCACCCUCAGAACAGCGCUUUGUUUUGAACCAAGGAGGCCUGGCAUGGGCCGGUGGCCAAUCACAGGUGCCCGUGUCUGUGUGCAGUGAGAGCUGUCCCCCAGGGACCAGGAAGGCCCAACAGAAAGGAAAGCCCAUAUGCUGCUAUGACUGCAUACCGUGUGGAGAGGGAGAGAUAAGCAAUAUAACCGAUUCACAUGACUGCCUUCCCUGCCCUCCAGAUUACUGGUCGAAUGAGAGUAAGGAUAAGUGUGUGUUGAAAUAUAUUGAAUACCUGUCUUAUUCUGAGAUCAUGGGAAUUGUGCUGGUAUUUUUCUCUGUAUUUGGUACGACAGUCACUAUUUUGGUGGCAGCCGUGUUUUUCACACACAGAGACACACCCAUAGUGAAAGCUAACAACUCAGAACUGAGCUUCCUACUGCUCUUCUCCCUGACUCUCUGCUUCCUCUGUUCUCUUACUUUCAUUGGUCGGCCCUCUGAGUGGUCCUGCAUGUUGCGUCACACAGCGUUUGGGAUCACCUUUGUUCUCUGCAUCUCUUGUGUUCUGGGGAAAACGAUAGUGGUGUUAAUGGCCUUCAGAGCCACUCUUCCAGGCAGUAAUGUCAUGAAGUGGUUUGGGCCUCUGCAACAGAGACUCAGCGUUCUUGGCUUCACUCUCAUACAAGUCCUCAUAUGUGUGCUCUGGUUGAUCAUAUCACCUCCUUUCCCUUACAGAAACAUGCACCUUUACAUUGAUAAGAUCAUUCUAGAAUGUGAUGUGGGUUCAGCCAUAGGAUUCUGGGCCAUAUUGGGCUAUAUUGGACUACUUGCUCUGUUGUGUUUCGUCCUGGCUUUUCUGGCUCGUAAACUACCAGAUAAUUUCAAUGAGGCCAAAUUCAUCACAUUCAGUAUGCUGAUAUUCUGUGCCGUCUGGAUCACUUUUAUACCAGCUUAUGUCAGCUCUCCUGGGAAAUUCACAGUGGCUGUUGAGAUAUUUGCUAUUUUGGCCUCUAGUUUUGGAUUACUUCUGUGCAUUUUCACACCAAAAUGUUACAUUAUUCUAAUAAAGCCUGAGCAAAACACAAAGAAACACAUGAUGGGAAAGACAGAGCCUAAGGCUUUGUAG